UUUUUACUGAGCACGUGAAUUGCAAAUAUUAAUUGUAAUGGAGCAGAAAUUCCUGUUGCCUUCCCCAAAUUUCAAUAAAAUGUUUAAUAAACCAAACAAGACUAAUUUGCAUUAUCUAACACCAUCUGGCAUGACGUUACUUUCACGGGAAAAACAGCCACCUCCGAUGUAUGGAGCGCACGGAAGUACAGUGGCUCCAAAGUAUUUCCAAGUAGGGAAGCAACAAAAUAUUUGUGUCACAAAAAUCACAUCAAAUUAUUCUCCAUCUCGGACUGAAUACUGUGGAAACUGUAAGAUGGAACUGGCCACAUCGCAAGAUAUGCGUCGUCAUUUCAACCAGCAUCAAACUUGUCCCGCUGAAGAAUGCAGUUUUACAGCUUUAUCAUUUAUUAUGGAGCGACAUAUUGAGGCAAACCAUAUAACGGGUUUGUACAAAACUGUAAAAAAAGUUUGGACACCUCAGAAUAUUGCUGCCUGGCGCGCCGAGCGAUGCAAGAGAUUUCCAACGGCAGCUAGCGUAAAAAUAGCCAAACAGGCUAAGGAACAGCGCUUAAAACGAGGCGAACGCCUUGAGGCAUCUAAAAUGCGCUUUGGCAUACUGGAUGACAGACGAAACAUGCGUUUGCACUCAUACACAAAGAAACGGAAAUCUGUGAAGGAAAUUAAAAAACUUGGAUGUAUGAAUACUUCGGAACGACAAUCAGACCGUCAGAAAGGGCCAAAGAAAGUAAUGGGAAACACUACUUUACAAGAUCCAAGCAAUUCAUGUUUAAUUGAUGUGCCUAUUUUUCGUGGGACAAGUAAAAUGAUCGAUUACAAGCAUAUAAGGCUUAAUUCCAGAAACGAGGUUGAUAAUGCAUUAAGCAACAUGUUCCGAAUGUAUGAUACGGACACUGAGAGCGAAAAUGAAGCAUCAGAUAAUAACAAUCAUGAUGUAGGAGAUUUGGCUCACUUUACUUUUGUAGAACCCAAGAUUACUGUAGAUGACUAUGAUGACAAUUCAGAUGAUACCAAGCUUAAAUAUUCAGUCACGCCCUUAACAGAAAAUAUUACCAAAUAUGAAUUCACGAUAGGUUCAAGUUCUUCCGAUGAAGGACCUGAUGACGUACCCAUUGAACGAAACAAAGAAUCCCUUUCUAGCGCACAACAGGAUCGACUACGAUCGAAAGUCAUCAAAGCCUUUAAAUCAAAUCCUUUCCCAAAAAAAAAAAGAUUUUCUGGUUUGAAUUACAUGCGUGCGCGUCAAUUAAAUAAUCUGAACACAAUGCUCUCUAAGCUGUUAGAUAGCGAAAUACGACACGAGCGAAAUGUUCUUUUGCAGUGUGUGCGCUACGUGUGUGCAAAAAACUUUUUUGACUUGUAAAAAGUUUUUGACACAGAAAAAUAAAAUGAAAACCA